GCCCGAGAUCUGAAAAAGCGGGGCUGGGCAGGCAGGUGCUCAUAGCCGUGCGGGCGGCGAUACGAAGAAACUGCUCGAGCGACUUGAGCUAAGAGAUGCGUGGCGUGUGGACUGCGGGCGUCUUGGCGGCGUGCAGCGUGACAGCGGGGCUGCUGUUCCUGCAGGGCUGGCAACCCGGAUCUCCUGAGCGCUUAUGCUGCUGGGGCCUGGUGGCCGGACCCUGCCUGGCACUGGCACUGCUGGCAGCGCGAUGGCUCCACGCGUUGCUCUGUGCACCACUGGAAGUGCUCUGCGGUCCCGAUGACGUUGGCUACAUCGUCGAAGCUGGCAGGACGCGUGCCCAGGCCGCUAAUGAGGCGAGGCGAAGACGGAAGACCGGUGAUCUGCCGCCUGUCUACCCGAACGGAUGGUACCGGGUCACCGACUCGCACCUGCUGGCCAAGGGAGAAGUGAAGAGCGUCACCGUGCUGGGUGAGCAGCUGGCAGCUUUCCGAGAUGAAAAUGGACAGUCCCACAUCCUGGACGCCUACUGCCCGCACCUUGGUGCCAACCUGUCUAUUGGGGGCCGUGUGGUGGGAAACUGUCUCGAGUGCCCCUUUCAUGGUUGGAAGUUCCGGGGUGAAGAUGGCAAAUGUAUUCACAUCCCCUACACAGAGAAAGUGCCCGAGUUUGCACGGGUCAAGUCGUGGCCGAGCUGUGAGCUGAAUGGCAUGAUCUACAUGUGGUUCCACUGUGACGGGGUGGACCCGCUGUGGACGAUCCCCGAGUUGGAGGAGAUCACCCUGAAGGAGUGGACGUACCGCGGCCGCACAGAGCACUUUGUCAACGCUCACAUCGAGGAAAUCCCAGAGAAUGCAGCGGAUGUCGCUCACCUCGGCCACCUGCACAGGCCGGUCAUCCUCAGCGGGACGGACCUGAGGUUCACCUUCAACAAGUUCUGGCAGAUUCUGCAGCACCACUGGAAGGUGAGCUGGUCACCUGAGCCCGAGCCCAACAGUCACUGCUCACUGAUGCUGGUGGAGCACACGCUCACGCUGUUCGGGAAGCCCUUCACCCUGCUGGACGUCGAUGUCAAAGCCAGACAGAUUGGCCCCGGCUUAGUGCACCUCUUCUUCGAUCACAAGCUCUUUGGCCGGGGGGUCAUCCUGCACUGUGUGACCCCCGUGGAGCCGCUGCUGCAGUGCGUGUCGCAUACCAUCUUCUACCAGGCCAACAUACCCACCGUGGUGCCCAAGUUCAUCCUGCAAGCGGAGCGCAUCCAGUUCGAGCGGGACGUGAUGGUCUGGAAUAACAAGAAGUACAUCUCAAAGCCCCUCCUGGUGAAGGAAGACUCGGCCAUUCAGAGGCACCGGCGCUGGUACAGCCAGUUCUACAGCGAGAACAGCCCAAAGCUGACUUUCCAGCGGGACGGCCUUGACUGGUGACUCUGGAGACAGGCGGUGGUCUUUGGUGGACUUGGCCUCUGGCUCUUUUGAGUUGUCCCACACUUGACCACGGCCUGAGGAGACGUCUGCACAGGAGGACGACGAAGAUUUAAACAAACAUAAGUGACAAUGACAACGACACACCUUGGGAGUGGGCGGGGGGGUCCAUUUUGAGUCUGCAGGGACCUCCUUCAGGUGGCAUUCAUGAGGGUGUAGUAGACUAGAGUGGGGUGGGGGGCUGCGGCUCCUUCUUUACUCACCUUUUCGAUACGAGGGUCCCGCUUCCCAAGGUUUGCAGAGUCAGCUCCAGAUGUCUUUUUAGAUGUGAGACCCCCGUGCCUCGCAUUUCCCCUGCUUGCUCUCCCUCCUCAAGGCCUGCUGCUGCCUGAGAUGAUUCUCUUAUAGGAAGGCGCCAUAUAAAGGCGAGGCUGUUUAGCGCCCUCUGCAGGCUGCAGCUGUCCAGCUUCUCUCGAUCCGCUGUCGUGGCCGCGGUGGUCCGGAGGGCUUUGCUCUCCUCUGUGAUUUUAAACUCCAGGUGUUUUCACCUCUUCAGGUGCCUUUUGUUGCUCUCAAAGUCUUAUUUUCUUAUUCAUAUUUAAAUAUUUUUACACCGAGACUCUUUGGUAAAAGACGUAUGUAGAACACG